CUGUAUACAUGGGACAUCGAAGAUUCCUUCCAGAUGGUCACAUUUAUCGAGAGAAAAAGGAAGAGUUUGAUGGUAGUACCGAGCUCCGAAAGAUAAGGAAACGAUUUGAUGCAUUUUCAAGAGUUAAAAAUUUAAAAACUGUGUUGGGAAAAAAAACUGUGUUGGGAAAAAGAACUCGCGUUGAGAAAGGUGUUAUUUGGAAAAAGAAGUCAAUCUUUUGGGAAUUACCUUACUGGAAACAUUUAGAUGUUAGACAUUGCCUAGAUGUUAUGCAUAUCGAAAAAAACGUAUGUGAUAGCUUGUUGGGCUUAUUGUUAAAUAUUCCCGGUAAAACGAAAGAUGGGAUAAAUGUCCGUAAAGACAUGGUAAAUAUGGGAAUACGUAAAGAGCUUGCCCCUGUUGAGAGAGACAACCGUAUUUUUCUGCCACCUGCAUGUUAUACUAUGUCAAGAGAAGAAAAAACAAAGUUUUGCAAAUGUUUACAUGAUAUUAAGUUCGUGGAGUGUUACCAGAGAACAUCCGACAUACAAUCACAAAACUUUGUUUGUUUUUUAACACGAUUCACUCGAAAGUUAUUGAUCCCGAGUCACUGGAUACAUGGCAAAAAGAAGUUAUCAUCACACUCUGUGAACUAG